CAAAGCGCCAGGCUGCUGAACCGACGCGUAAAACUGCUGCGGAGAUUCCGGACAAAAUCGGCCCCCAACUUCCAGGGAUGACAACUCGCAGACGGAACUACUUUCAAUUAACUCCGUGUUUAAAGUGAAAGUUUUGCGCGUCGCCGAGGAGAGGAGAGGAGAGGACAGCCACUGUCAAGUUUCCACCAAAGCAAGAGCGUUUUGCCUGCGAAAGAUGCAGAGACCAGGCGGUCAGGGGACCGCGUUUUCCAUCGACUCCCUGAUCGGGACGCCUCAGCCCCGGCCGGGCCACCUGCUGUACACCGGCUACCCCAUGUUCAUGCCGUACAGACCGCUGGUCAUCCCGCAGGCGCUGUCCCACGGCCCGCUGUCCUCCGGGAUACCUCCGCUCGCACCGCUGGCCUCGUUCGCCGGACGGCUCACCAACACUUUCUGCGCCAGUUUGGGCCAGGGGGUGCCGUCCAUGGUGGCGCUCACCACCACCAUGCCAAGUUUCUCGGACCCCCCGGACAGUUUCUACCCGCCCCAGGAGCUGCCCGGCCCGCGCCUGAGCGCGGCCGAGCCCGGGGCGAGGAGGCAGGAGAGCCCGCUCUCCGACGAGCUGCACGGCCGGGACAAGAGCUCCGAGCUGCUCAACUUCUCCGAAACUUUCCAAACCAUAUCAGGUGAGACCAAACUGUACAGUUCAGACGACGAGAAGCUGGAUCUAAAAUCCGCGGACACGGCCUGCAGUGACCGGGAGGACAGCUCCGCGGACAGCGAGAACGAGAGCUUCUCGGACGGGAACAACUGCCUGUCCCAGAAGGGCAAACUAAAGAGCGGCUCGCAGGACGCGCUGCCGGCCGGCGCCUCUGCGGGCAAGAGCCGCAGGAGACGGACAGCUUUUACCAGCGAGCAGCUGCUGGAACUUGAAAAGGAGUUUCACUGUAAAAAGUACCUUUCUCUGACUGAACGCUCGCAGAUCGCCCAUGCGCUCAAGCUGAGCGAGGUGCAGGUGAAGAUCUGGUUUCAGAACCGCAGGGCCAAGUGGAAACGGAUCAAAGCUGGCAACGUCAACAACCGGUCGGGAGAACCGGUGAGAAACCCCAAAAUCGUGGUGCCCAUCCCCGUACACGUCAACAGGUUCGCUGUCAGGAGUCAGCACCAACAAAUAGAGCAGGGGACCAGACCAUGAACUCAUGUGAAAAUAAAAAUAAAUAUAUAGCUAUAUAUAUUAUUAAUAUAAACACUUAAACUGACUCCCUGUUCCCUGUUGAACGCAUGAAGCACAAAACGGAGUAUUCAGCUAUUCUGUCUCAAAGGUGAAACUGAAGAUUUGCUCAAGAACAGAUCAAUUAUUUGCCAAUACUGUCAUUUUUAUUUAUUGUUCUGUAAAUAUGUAAAUAUGAACGAGUAAAAGUGGGUACAAAUGGGCACUAUGAUAUGUGACUGUAAAUAUUUUCUAAGUAUUUAUAUGUGGGGGAGAAAAAAAAAUCUUCUGUUGCUUAUGUGCAUGUCCUAAUUUGUUGAAGGAUUUCUGGAUUUUCGUUUUGUGUUUCGUACAAUUUGUUUGCAUGUAACUGAAAACGUUUGACAUUUUGUUUGGCAGGCGGGAGCCGUUUGUGAAAAAAGAAAAAGAUGUGAAGGAAAUAA